AUGGGCGAGAACGGCACAAAUCUGCUUCAGCAGAAAGUGGCUGAACGAGCCCGCGAGCAGAGAGCGACACGCGAUGCAGCACUGGGGAACAAAUUCCACAAACUGCCUGAUCCAACGUCAUCCAGAAGCGGCACACUGUUACACAACCUGUCGUCAAAGGAACUGACGAAGGAGCAAGCACAGGUUUUACGGCACGCAGCCUCAUUCAACACAGCUGACGCCAAACCUGUCAACAUGAUUGCAGCAGUGGAAUCGGUCAUUUAUCAGACGGAAGCGGCGGAGGAGACGAAGAAUCUUAUCCGACACCAAGUUUCGUCCCUCCUUAUGACUCACAAGCCGCGCGAAACACUCACAAAGGUCGAACGCGAUGCACUAAGAGAACUCAAGGCCGACAAGGACAUCGUCAUUGUGCCCGCGGACAAGGGGCGUUCCACCGUCGUACUGGACAGAACAGACUACCUUCAGAAGGCCAAAAACCUAUUGGAGGAUCGCCAGUUCUAUGUCCCAUGUGAAACCAACCCCAUAAAAACGCUGACACGCGAAAUAAAUGCAACACUUUUGGCACUGGAGAACUCGGGUGCAAUAACAGCGACGGACCGACGCACGGCGAGAGUCCAAGAAACGGCUUUGGCCCGAUUCUAUGGUCUCCCAAAGGUGCCAAGGAGGGUGCUCCUCUCCGGCCCAUUGUAUCGCUCAAAGGCACUCCAACGUACGGACUGGCAAGAUGGCUGUUUCGGCGCCUCAAAUUUCUGA